AUUAGAUACUAAAAUCUCAUUAAUACCCAUUUACUUUCCACUUCAAUCGUAAGAUAAUUUGAGCACGCAAUCGAGAAAAAAAUAUUGAGCUCACAUAAUAACGAGGUUGCAUAGGCCGGAUGGUCCAAUAUUUUUGUAGACCACCUUCUUUUUCGAUUUCGUGCUUAUAUUACGAUCCAAGUGGAAAGAAAAUGGGUAUUCACGAGUUUUUAGUACCUAAUUAAAUAGACAACGUUUGCCGAUUUCCAGUUUGAAAACGAGUUUUCGUAAAUAAAAUAGUUGUAGGUUACGAUGAGAUGAGGCGGAUGCUAAUAAUUUUAUUAAAGGGGUUUGUACCACAGACUAAGACCUAAUAAUAAGAUUUAUUUUUUAUUGGUUGAAUUAAUAUUUUGGUCACAUUGCUUUCCAAUAUAAAUAACAUGAUCAUUAAAACAUAUGGGGCAUUUAAUCAUUACAGAAUCAAGUAAAAUGUAAAUUCGCGGUUUGCAAGGAAAUCAAUAGUUUUUUUAUACAAGAUGGCCCAACACAAAUGAAAGGCUUAGUUUAAUCAACACAAAUACAUAAACAAGAUACUGGCAGCUAGCUAAACCGCCGAAAUGGAGACAGAGAGCCGCAAAUCGAAGAGACUGGCUGCGAAGAAGAUGGUGGAGGAGCUGAAGGCACAAGGAAUGGACGAAGCCGCGGCUAUCGACCUUGUCAACGAGAGGCUGGAGGUACUUCCAGGUCUCGACUCCCCGAAGAGGACGAUACAGAAGUCGCGAAAGGACCUCUGGUACAUCGGGGCGGCUGUCCUAUCUCUUCUGAUUAUUCCAUUGCUCAUGAAGGUGUUGCUCUUCGGACCCAGCUGCUGCCAUGGCUGAUUGGUAUUAUGUUGAUCAGUAAAUAAAGUUUUCUUCAGUAU